AUGGUUCUGAUCGGCAGAGGUCUAGGGGGCUACGACGGACCGGCUCCGGAUUGCUGCCGAGGCAUGAUCAUCAUCAAGUCUCCCCGCUCCGAUGAAGAUCUUCACCCUCAUAUUCUCUAUCACUUGGACAUUGGAGACGACCUUCGCGUUGCACUGCGCCACAUCUUGUCCGUCUUUUUGGAGACAAACAACUAUCUCAGAUCGAUCCAGCUCUUCGAACGGUCCCUCUGCAUCGUGAUUGACGGUGCGUAUGCCGAUUGGCCCUCGCUCGAAAGGCAGGCAGACCCAGAGGACCUGUUCACGCCCACUAGACAGCCGGGCUCAUUCUACGAAAGAGACGGACGUACGCCGCCAGCACCAGCCACAACACGAGCCAGGAGGACGCGCACCGCCACGACGAGCGAGACAGACGCAGAUCAGCCUGAACAGCAAGAGGGACGUAGAACGACACGCCGACAACGAGCUCCUCGUUCUUGA